AUGGAUGCAAGAGAUGGUGGAUUCCCAAUCCCGGAAGGAGGUGUACGAAAUGACCCUCGUCUCAGAGGAAGAUUUAUGCAGUAUCGGAGGCCACGUGCAUCCCCACCUCUGCGUUAUGUUGGCAGGUCACCGUCACCCCCGAGAGUUCCCUUGAACCCCAAUCAGCUUCCACUAACUACCCCUAGGAACUACCGUAACCGUUAUUCCGAACAGCAUUCGUGGGCUAUCUUUAUCUCGCCACGCUCGGUCGAAUUCCUAAGAAAGCUACAGUUUGAGGUCGUCUUAAAACUCUCUACGGAUCGAUAUCGACCAUUGGGAAACGCCGCCUACGUAUCAAUGAGACUUACACGAUCGUUGUUUGCCAAGGCAUUUCGACAGGAUCGCAUGAAGGCAAUGCCUUUUAUCGAACUGCAGCACAUUGAAAAUUCCAUCGACUUUCGCAGACGGUCUGAGGAGAUUCUGAGGCAAGUGUGCAGUGGCAAUUACGAUGAUGAAGACAACGCGUACAUGAUGCGAGAACCGGACGGAUCCCAUGAGACUUCUCUAGUACCGUUAGAGUGGAACAAUAUCUAUCCAGUUUUGUACCAGGCUCUAGACAAUCCCGAUGAGACACUGGCGAACUCAAGGUUGCCGCGAGCAGCUGGAUUUACAUCAGCACCAUCGCAAUUUUUCUUCCGUGUUGCCUACUUCGUAUGUGUGACUCCUCAACGACUAGACGAGAAGAUUUACGGUAUUGUGCUCCGCACCCAAUCCUUUGAAGGAAGGAUCGUGUCAUUCAAAGCCGUUUUUGAAGGCUUUCCGGAAGCGGUGCCUGUGACACCUUCGAUAUGUGCGUUCGAUAUCGAAACGGUACGAUUUGAUGAAAUUCUCAUAGCGGAAUCUCGGCCGUACGUUUCAUGCGCCGUACGCUUUUCGGAGCCACCUGUGUCUCAAGAAGCGAGAGAUUUUUUGUGCGAAGAAAUACGAGAUCUUCUUCCCAUGGAGCCGUACCAGGGCGUCGUCCCACUGCAAGUUUACCGACUCAACAAAGAAGAGCAAGAUUGGUUGCGGGAUCGUGCUGGCCGUUUUGAGAACUUUGCCUUGCAUCCGAAGGACUCCAAGCAUAGGAUGACGAAACUUUUGAAUGUAGCGAGCUCCGCUCUUGGGGCGAAUGCUAGGCUAAACGAAGACCGUUCCUGCCAUCGAGUAGAUGGAAUCAUUCCAAACAGCUCAGCAUAUCCAAUGCGUAUCAUCUUCCGCCUUUUCAACAUGACUAGCGAAGCAGGAUGGACCAUCAUGAGAGCUGUUAUCGUUUAUGUAAUUGGCACAGACUUCAUCACUUACGCUCAGAUUCGUGCUGUGGAACAUCGAGAAGCCGAGCGGACGCUUAUAAUCACCAUCUGUGCAGUUCACAGGAGCCACCAGGCUUUGACACGUGCCGUUACCCAGCACGCCGUUGAUGGACACGUUGAGAUGUGCGUCAGAUUGGGGCCGCCGUCUACGUCCUCCAAUCCGCUCUAUGACAUUAUUUCACGUACCAGCCUCCUCGAACAGCUAACACAUGGGAGCCUUGGAGAUGAGGCCAUCGAUGCUGGUUACGGACUUCGAAAGUUGAGUUGUGCAAACAAGGACGACCCUGUCAUGUACGAUCCGGACGAUGGUGAAGUUGAGUGUGUGGUGAAUGGAAGGAUAGUCGAGCUCACUCUAGAACAACGUCGGGCUGUAGCACUUGGUCUAAGCCGUUAUCCACUGGUUGGAAUCCAAGCAGCUUUUGGGACAGGCAAAACUCUAGUCGGCGCUUUGAUAGCAGCUACAUCGGCAAAGAGUGCACCUGUGAUUGUAGUAGCGCAAACUAAUGCAGCGGUUGCUCACUUCACAAACAUUCUUCUUUCAGUCGGCGGAAGAGCAGCGUCUCCUGUGCGCUAUUUGGCCGAUACAGCAGCAAUGGAAAACGCUCCCACAACACCAGUGGAUUUAAAUGUGAUUCUAAAGCAACUAGAUACUCAGUACAGUGACCAGAUGAACCCGGAUGAGCUGGAAUUGUGCCGCGAGUUCCGUGAGGGAAGGGAAUUGAUUGAGAGGGACAUCAGUAGCCUGGAUUUUGCACUGCAAAUGACGGAAGAAGACAAGGAAGAGUACAUGAUCGCGGACCGUUUUGUAUCACAUAACAUGAAGAAAAUGGUUCGACUUAUGUUCCGCCUGCGGAAGCCGAAAAUUCUUCUCGCCACCGUUGCUUCCAUACUGAACACAACAGCUUCUAAAGGGCUUCUUAAAAUGCACGUUUAUCCGUUCAAAGUAUUGAUUUAAGUCGAAGCUAUCUACAAUCUUCAAAAUGCUUUUGAUACUGCUGAACAACAGCUUGAAUUGCCGAAAUUCCUGGACGCGGAAGAUGUCAACGUACGCGAUCCCGAUGAAAAAUCCAUCGUUUCCUAUUUGGUCGCCUACUAUCACUACUUCAACAAGUUGAAGCAAGAGACUAUCCAGGGAAAAUGUAUUGAAAAGUUUCUCAAAGGUCAGCAUGUGGAUUUGGAAAAUCUCGGUAGUCAUGACAUUGUCGACGGAAGUCCACGCCUCAUUCUCGGUCUUAUUUGGACUGUUAUCCUUAGGCUCCAAAUCCAAGAUAUCACCUUUGAAGACGCCGAUAACCUCGAAACCCGUUUCGCUAAGGAAGCGUUACUACUUUGGUGCCAGAUGAAAGCACUGGCUAUCCGAAUCCGAAGCCUACCCGCGGUAAGAUGCGAAUCCACUGGAAAAUGUCGACAAAGAUUGCAGUUUCUCAAAGGUCAGCAUGUGGAUUUGGAAAAUCUCGGUAGUCAUGACAUUGUCGACGGAAGUCCACGCCUCAUUCUCGGUCUUAUUUGGACUGUUAUUCUUAGGCUCCAAGUUAAAGAUAUCACCUUUGAAGACGCCGAUAACCUCGAAACCCGUUUCGCUAAGGAAGCGUUACUACUUUGGUGCCAGAUGAAAGCACUGGCUAUCCGAAUAUCCAAGAUAUCACCUUUGAAGACGCCGAUAACCUCGAAACCCGUUUCGCUAAGGAAGCGUUACUACUUUGAAGUCGAAGCUAUCUACAAUCUUCAAAAUGCUUUUGAUACUGCUGAACAACAGCUUGAAUUGCCGAAAUUCCUGGACGCGGAAGAUGUCAACGUACGCGAUCCCGAUGAAAAAUCCAUCAUUUCCUAUUUGGUCGCCUACUAUCACUACUUCAACAAGUUGAAGCAAGAGACUAUCCAGGGAAAAUGUAUUGAAAAGCCGAAGCCUACCCGCGGUAAGAUGCGAAUCCACUGGAAAAUGUCGACAAAGGAUUGCAGUUUCUCAAAGGUCAGCAUGUGGAUUUGGAAAAUCUCGGUAGUCAUGACAUUGUCGACGGAAGUCCACGCCUCAUUCUCGGUCUUAUUUGGACUGUUAUCCUUAGGCUCCAAAUCCAAGAUAUCACCUUUGAAGACGCCGAUAACCUCGAAACCCGUUUCGCUAAGGAAGCGUUACUACUUUGAAGUCGAAGCUAUCUACAAUCUUCAAAAUGCUUUUGAUACUGCUGAACAACAGCUUGAAUUGCCGAAAUUCCUGGACGCGGAAGAUGUCAACGUACGCGAUCCCGAUGAAAAAUCCAUCAUUUCCUAUUUGGUCGCCUACUAUCACUACUUCAACAAGUUGAAGCAAGAGACUAUCCAGGGAAAAUGUAUUGAAAAGGUCAUCAAAGAGUUGAUGGAGAACGAGAAAAUGAUCAACAAAUAUGAGACAAUCUCCUCCGAUCUUCUUGAAUGGAUCAAAGAAAAGAUUGAGAACCUCAACGACAGGACAUUUGCCAACUCUCUACAGGGAGGAAACCUCCAAAGUUCGAAGAAAAAGGCAAGCUUGAAGUGCUUCUGUUCACUCUGCAAUCAGCAAUGCGAGCCAACUCAGCGUCUAUUUCCUCGUGAGGGCAAACUCAUUGAAGACAUAAAUAGAGCAUGGAACACUUUGCAAAAGGCCGAACAUGAACGUGAACUGGCGGUGAAGGAAGAGUUGAUUCGUCAAGAGAAACUCGAACAGUUGAACCAACGUCUUGUCAGCCAGGAUAACUUCGGAUCUAAUCUUGCUAGUGAGGCUGCAAACAAGAAGCACGAAGCUAUUGAAACCGACAUCUUUGCUUACGAAGAGCGUGUUCAGGCAGUUGUUGCUUUGCAGCUUCCAUGGAAUCGAGGAGAUCAACCGGAAAGAGAAUCUGCUCAAGCUGUGGAAUUACCUCUUCCAGCUUCUUCUUGCUUGUCGUGUUGUCUUGAACUUCCUAUGGCUAUCCAACGCAUUUUCCACGACGUGCUUCUUACCCUCGAUCUCAUGGACGAUCAAGGCAAGAAAUCAACUGUUUUUGCCUCGUCGAUAAAGUUAAUUUGCUUUGACAGAGCGUUUUCUUUGACGAUCUCGGAGCUCAUCUUAUGGAUGUGGAAGACAAUGCUCCAGAAGCACGCCCUUCUAGAAUCCGCCAUCAACAUCAUUGGUGAACGAGUGCGAAAUGCUGUGGGGCAGGCUCUGCGGUACCAAGAGCUCCUUGAUUUGGCUGCACGCAAACGUCGUCUUGAAGACAACCGCAGGUUGUGCCAGUUCUGGUGGGAUGUGGCUGAUCUAGAUGAAAACAUCGAUCAAGAACUAAACUUAGCUAAACUCCGAAAGCAACGUCUUGUUGACGCCUUGUCGCUCUACAAAAUCUGUGCCGAUGCUGACUCGGUCGAAGCCUGGAUUGAUGAGAAGUUAAGGGAACUGUUGGCUACUCUUAUUCCUGAAAAAGACCUCGAGGGAGUUGAAAUCAUGAAACAUCGCUUCGAAACACUCGAACAAGGCAUGGAGAAUUAG